UCUUUUUUUUAUGCAACAAAAUUUCGAAAUAUCAUUUUUUACACACGUCAACUGGUGUAUCUGAUUUUGAUAGACGACGAUAAGUAAAAAUUGGGUUUUUAUUUGACUUUUACAGAUAGCCGCCUCACCCGAAAAUCAAGAGCCCUUCUGAUCGGCGGCACUGCCGGCGGAGCCGUUAUUAGGUCUAGAUUUACUCCUCCAAUUCUCCUUCAAUAUCGAUUCAAUUGUUUCUUCAUAGACGCCAUCAGCUCAUCACUGUCGAUCACCCCCUGUUCUCCUAACCCUAAUUGUAAUCUUAAGGUCAAUUCGUUCAUCGGAAUGUUAGGGAUCGCGAUGAUCAUUUACGGCUUGUGGAUGAUUAGGGCUUGGCAGCGGCAAAUGGACGGCUCAGAUUACCCUACUCCAUGGUUCAUAUACACCAUGCUUGGACUUGGUGCAACUUUGUGUGUGAUCGCAUGCUCCGGUCACAUCGCCGCAGAGACCGCAAACGGAUGUUGCCUCUAUUGCUAUUUGGUCUUUAUCUUUUUGCUUUUGAUGGUGGAAGGUGCAGUCACAACGGAUGUAUUUCUAAAUCGGAAUUGGGAAGAGGACUUUCCAAAAGAUCCAAGUGGGAAUUUACAUGAGUUUAGGGAUUUUAUUAAGGAGAAUUUCGAUAUAUGCAAAUGGGUCGGCUUGUCCAUUCUUGGUGUUCAGGGGUUGUCUAUAUUUUUGGCACUCAUUCUCAAAGCUCUUGGGCCAUGGCCAUAUCAUGAAAUGAUUGUUUAUGUGGACAAUCAGGUUGUUACAUGGAAACAUGUUGUGGGAGCUUCGGGCAGAUUCGUUAUCUGGUUAAAUGUAAAAUGAAUGAUGUUUUGUUCGUGGAAGGUUAAAUAGAAUUUAUUCAAACAUUUUUAGUGUAAAAUGCUGUUAAUUAUUAUUAUAUAUAGGAAAUUAAAAUUUAGGUAGCAAUUAGCGUUCUGUUAUAUCAUGUUUUGUUCGUUUGAAAAAAGUGAAUUAGUUGUUUAAACAUGUGGGUUUAUUAUGCAUAAUUAGA